AUGGAGAAUUCCGUAAAACAAUGUACUCACACAGAUUCGGAAAGAAUGUUUACGGGCACGUGGACCACCUUAGAUCUUAAUAAAGCUUUGGAAAAAGGUUACACAAUUGACAAAAUUUAUGAAGUGUGUCAUUUCUCUCAAAAAUCGAAUAACUUAUUUAAAGAUUAUAUACGUGAUUUUAUGAGAAUAAAAUUAGAGACCAGUCCUCACAGCUAUGAAUCUAACGAGGCUUAUGCUUUGGUUAUUAAACAACAGAUGAAUAUUGAGCUUGAGUUAGAGAAAAUAAAACCUAAUCCUGGCAAAAGGGCUAUAGUUAAAAUAUGCUUAAACUCAUAUUGUGGGGUAAAUUAUAAAUACAAAGACUUGUUUUACGAAGAUUCUAUAUCCACAAAUAUAUUUGUAGCGUCGUUCACAACGUCAAAUGCACGCCUUAGGCUUUAUUCUAUGCUAGAUAAACUAGGGGAAAAUGUUGUGUAUUAUGACACAGAUUCAAUUAUUUAUAUUGAUGAUGGUUGUAAUACAGUCGAAACAGGUGAAAUGUUGGGCGAGUGGACCGAUGAGUUGGGUGAAGAGGACCAUAUUGUCGAUUUCUUAUCUACUGGCCCCAAAAGCUAUUACUAUAAAACGCUAAAGGGUAAAAAUGUUACAAACAUUAAAUUCUUUACCUUAAAUUAUGAAAACUCUGAGGUAUUGAAUAAUAAAGGUAUGUUAGAGGUUAUUAACAACCCUUCAUCGGAAAUUAAUUAA